UUUCAUUCACCAAGUCAAGUCAACUCAACUCAACUCACCUCCAUAUCAAUAACAAGUUUUCAUUCAAUUCAAAUCAAACUUCCCAUCUCUUUAGCCAAUAAUUCCCCACUUUGACCCAAACCCAAUUCUCAUCUCCCAAACUUUUUUCAAUGGAACAUCAACCCAGAUUCACCUCCUUCAUUUCCCUCCCCUUAUUCUCCAUCUUUCUAGCUUCAAUUCCAUUCAUAACAGAAUCCAAAUGCACAAAAGGCUGUUCACUUGCUUUAGCCAACUUUUAUGUAUCCCAAGGCUCCAACCUCACUUAUAUUUCAAGUAUUAUGAGAUCGAACAUUCAGACAAGACCAGAAGACAUAGUUGAAUACAGCCGCGAAAUAAUACCUAGUAAAGACAGUGUUCAAGCUGGUCAAAGACUCAACGUUCCAUUCCCUUGUGAUUGUAUCGACGGCCAGUUUCUCGGUCACAAGUUUAGCUACGAUGUUGAAACUGGCGACACUUAUGAAACUGUUGCUACAAAUAAUUAUGCUAACUUAACAAAUGUUGAAUGGUUGAGGAGGUUUAAUACUUAUCCACCGAAUGAUAUUCCUGAUACUGGAACGUUGAAUGUUACUGUUAAUUGUUCUUGUGGGGAUGCUGAUGUUGGGAAUUAUGCCUUGUUUGUUACUUAUCCGCUUAGGCCCGGUGAGACUUUGGUGUCUGUGGCGAAUUCAAGUAAAGUUGAUUCGUCCUUGUUGCAGAGGUAUAAUCCUGGUGUCAAUUUUAAUCAAGGGAGUGGCAUUGUUUUUGUUCCGGGAAAAGAUCAGAAUGGUAGCUUUGUGUUUUUGGGUUCCAGUUCAGGUCUUGGUGGUGGGGCUAUUGGUGGAAUAGCUGUUGGAAUAGUGGUUGUUCUUCUGUUAGUGGCAGCUGCUAUAUAUUUUGGAUACUUCCGGAAGAAGAAGAUACAAAAGGAGGAACUUUUUUCGCGAGAUUCCACUGCACUCUUUUCUCAAGAUGGGAAAGAUGAAAAUUCUCAUGGUGCUGCAAACGUAACACAGAGGCCUGGUGUGAUGACCGGCAUAACAGUCGAUAAAUCAGUUGAAUUCUCAUAUGAUGAACUAGCAGCUGCCUCAGAUAACUUUAGUAUGGCUAAUAAAAUCGGUCAAGGAGGUUUUGGCUCUGUCUACUAUGCAGAGCUGAGGGGAGAGAAAGCUGCAAUCAAGAAGAUGGAUAUGCAAGCAACGAAGGAAUUUCUCGCUGAAUUGAAAGUCCUGACACGUGUUCAUCAUCUUAACUUGGUGCGGUUGAUUGGAUAUAGUAUUGAAGGCUCUCUUUUCCUUGUCUAUGAAUACAUUGAGAACGGAAACUUGAGUCAGCAUUUGCGUGGUUCAGGUAGAGAUCCACUGCCAUGGGCUACACGUGUGCAAAUUGCUUUGGAUUCUGCCAGAGGUCUUGAAUAUAUCCAUGAGCAUACAGUGCCUGUAUAUAUUCAUCGUGACAUAAAGCCAGCAAAUAUAUUGAUAGACAAGAACUUCCGGGGAAAGGUUGCUGAUUUUGGAUUGACCAAACUGACGGAAGUUGGAAGCUCGUCGCUUCCCACCGGUCGUCUUGUUGGUACAUUUGGAUACAUGCCCCCAGAGUAUGCUCAAUAUGGAGACGUUUCUCCCAAAGUAGAUGUUUAUGCCUUUGGAGUUGUUCUUUAUGAACUUAUUUCGGCGAAGGAGGCAAUCGUCAAGUCGAGCGAAUCUGUUGCAGAUUCAAAGGGACUUGUUGGUUUGUUUGAAGGAGUUCUUAGUCAGCCUGAUCCUACAGAAGAUCUUCGCAAAAUAGUGGAUCCAAGGCUUGGGGAUAACUACCCUGCAGAUUCAGUUCGCAAGAUGGCUCAAUUAGCCAAAGCGUGCACACAGGAAAAUCCUCAACUGCGUCCGAGUAUGAGAUCCAUUGUGGUUGCUCUCAUGACACUUUCUUCAACUACGGACGAUUGGGACGUUGGUUCCUUUUACGAAAAUCAAAACCUUGUGAAUCUUAUGUCAGGAAGAUAGAAUUAUACCAAAGCAUAUAAUUUGUAUAUUUACCACGUUUGGAGUCAGUUUCUGAUAUCUCAGCAACUGUUGAAGCAAAUGAUGUUUAUAAAAUGGAUUUAGCAAAUAGGAAUUUGUACAUUUUACUAGUCUGUAUUCAUUAGAAAGAGUGGACUGAUCAACAAUUUUAUCAUUAUUUACCAUCAAUGCACACAUUGUAUUAGUCAUUGAGACAUGCAUCUGUUUCUGCCUAGGUGCAUUAAUCCCUGUAAGUUUGUAUAAUAAAAAUCUUCUUAUUUGAGGCCUCUUUGGUUAUAUUUGUAA